ACAACUACUGAUAAAGACCGGCUAGCAACAGCAACAGCAACACCAACAAAGAGAAGCGACCACUUGCAGCAACAUAAAUUCAAAGUCGGAGCGUGGGAAUCGCAAAUCACGACGGCAGCAACAGCAGCAACAGCAACAAUCAUCGCAGCACGGCAGCAACAUCGUCGCUCUCGUCGCUCUCCCUGCUGCUCUUUUCGCUCGCCGUUCUCCCGCUGGCGUUGCUCCGUCUCCCUCGCACCGGGGAACACCCUCUCGCUCGCACUCCCUCCCAGGCGGUCGCGUAUAUUUGGAGGCGUUGCGGCGACCGCUCACGACAGUUGUGCUUGGAACGCUUCGGAGUGAAGAUCGUGCUCGUCCGAUCGGUGCGCGUGAAUAAAUACACGGCAAAAAAAAAAUAAACCCCAAAACAAUUGACACAAGUCACGAAAAAUAUAGACAAGUGAAAAAAAAAAGUUCAGAGCAAAAAGAAAUUGUUUUUUAUACCACAAAUCUCGCACGUAAAUUAGCAAGCGUUCGCAAGAAACAAACCAAAACACACAUAAUAAUACAAAAAACGAUAUUAAAAAAUUGUUGGCUGAGACGAGAGAAACAGCGGAUAUUCCGAGUGAAAUUUGUGUCAUAAGCAAAGCCAAAACAAAACAAAAAGCCAAGAGCCCAAAGCCGAAAAAGUAGUGGCCAUAAAGUGACUGUGAAACUGUAAAGUGAUGUGUGGUAAUCGAAAAACAGCAUAAAGAAUGGCCAUAGACCUCCUGAUUUUGGCCCUGCUGCUCGUCUCGUUCCUGAUCAACCUGCUGGCGCUGUGUGCCUUCUGGAUAACGCCGGGCUUAAGGACCACCGCCAAUCGGUUCACGAUCAACCUGCUGGCCAUCAACCUCAUUGGCUGCUGCAUCUUGGCACCCACCCUUUUUCUGGGGCUGCCUGGCAAGUCUACGGAGAGAUCUACGGCCGGAGAGACCCUGGAAAUCUUCUCUAAGCCCGGCAAUCAUCAGAUCAUCUUCCGUCGCAAUGGGCAGCUGGUGGAGCGAGAUGGCGUGGUGUCCAGCAAGAAUGCGAGUGAGAAUGGAGAAGUGGUGGAGUCCUUCCUCAAGUGCAAUGCCACCUACUGCCGCGAGUUGACUAUUGACGAGCGGGGAGAUGGAGGAUUUGUUAUCACGGAGACGGAGACCCACGAGGAGAAUCUCUCGCUACCCACGGAGGCUCCUCUGCAGCCGCCGGUGCAGCUAAGAUGUUGGUCCAUCGAUAUGACUGCCGCCCUGGGAGCUCUGGCUGUUUUACUAGUGGUAGGAGACACCUGGUGUGCCGUCACGGAUCCCCUGCGCUACCACAGUCGCAUUUCGGGCGUGAAAACCUGGAUCUUCAUAGCCCUCACCUGGGUGGUGGGCAUACUCUUUGGCGCCCUUUCCGCCUUCCGAGUCCUCGACUUCGAUGCCGAUGCCUUGUUUAGCCGGCAACGCAGGCUGGCCGUCAACUACUUCAACAUUGGCAGCACAAACAGUAUUUUCGGGGUGAUCUACGCCAGUGUGUACUUCAUAGUGAUCAUCCUGCUGCCCUUCGGCUUUGUGUGCGGCAUGUACUGGAGGAUCUUCAGUGAGGCGCGGGGCAAUGGGCUGCGCAUGCGCCAGAAUGGCUCAUCUCCGCUGCUCCAGAGCGCCUUGAAUCUAACGGCUGGCCAGCAGGCGGCUCAGGCGAAUCAGUUCUCGAACAGCCUGUGUGUCCACAGGCACUCCAUUUCCUCGGCCAGUUCGCAUGGCGGAAAUAGCAGUCUGGGCCUGGGAAUCGGUGGUCUGCAGAUGCAAAUCGAUCAGAGAUCGCAGCCGAGGAGUUCACCCAGCUGUCUACGCAGGGAUUCGGCGGCCAAGGUCCUGCUGCCCACCAUUUCCGAUGAUGGUGGCUCGGAUGCGGAGAGUGGAGCUGGUGUGCAACUGAUGACGGUGCAGGAACACUCCCUCUCUGACAGGAAUCAGAAUAUCAUGCUGACCCUGCAAACGGCCAGUGGUGAGAUCAAGAGGAACUAUUCCGCCAGGCAGCUGCCUCUCCUGGGAACCUCUUCGCAGGAUUUGAGGGAAGCCCAUCGCCUGCAGGGCAUUCGCCAGGUGCACAGCUCACCGAAUCUGCACAAGUACACCGAACUGCGGCAGGAUUCGCUGAGCGAGGAGUGCGGAUCGCCGCAUCUUUUGGGCCACGCCCAGCGGCAGCAGCAGCAGCAAUCGCAGCAGUUGCACCUGCAACACCAGCAGCAGCAGCAACAUCACCACCAGCAACAUCACCCGCACUUCAGUUCGCCGCGUCACCAGCAGCACGGCCACGCCCUCCAAAUACCCGCCAUCCACGCCUCCCCCAAGGCCCUGAGUUACAUGAGCUCCCUGCGACAUCGUCUGAGCAACGCCAGUUCGCUUUUCAAGUACAGGGAGGAGUCGAGAGCUGCUAGGAUCAGCAUCUUGGUGGUGGUGAUGUUUGUGGUCUCGUAUCUGCCUUUUGGCCUGCUGGUGCUCCUGCAAUCGCGACUGUCGGCCGCCAACUUUGGUGGAUCCUCGCAGCUGGCCAUCUUCAUGAUCCUGCUGGCCAACCUGAGUUCGCCCUUCAUCUUUGCCUACCGCAACAAGAGGGUGAGGCGUGGGGUGAAGCGUUUGUUUGGCCUGGAAUCCUCGGCGGGACUACAGCGUCACUGCAGCAGCAGUGUGAAGACCAAUGGCACCGCAGGGUCCUGGGGAGCUGCUGCAUCGGGAGCACAGUUGCAGCGCAACAGCAGCAAGUUGUCGCAGUACAGCAGCAAUAGUUGCAGGUACUUGACCCCACAGACCUCGCUGGUCAGUCAGGUGCCAGUGCACACGACCUUGACCCUGCGGCCCAACAGCAGUUGCAGCACCAUCAUUAAUUUUGGGGGAGCUAGGGGCUCUGCCGAAUCCGAUGAGCCACCACCGGCCACACCACCCCCUGCGCUGACUGCACCACCCCCGGCACCGCCCACUCGCCCCCAGCGACCGAAACUGCAAAGGGGCAUCACCAUCGUGGAGCACAUUGCUAUAACACCAACCACGCCCCAGAAGUUCCAGAAUCGCGGGGCCAGACUCUUCGACAUGUUCUUCCGCAGCUCCAAGAAACUGCAGGCGGGCUGCCAGAGCCAGAGUUUGCCCACAGAAGUCUAAAACACAAGGGGUUCUUAGCUAUAUUUAAUAUACAUGAUACAUUGUAGAUCUUAGACAAACACUAAACUCGCGCUUGCUGAAGAAUUCUAAAAACAGUAUUCGUAAUUUGUAAGUUUAGCAAUUAGCAGAGACAACUGUUUGAAUCAUGCUGUCCUAGAAGCUUCUCAUGCCAAAAAAACACAAAAAACAAACACAAAGAAAGUCAAACUUGAGAGUUUGAGAUGCUUUACAAAGUAGUAUAACACGUAAAAAAAACAAAGUACCUUUAAACAAAUAUAAAAACAAAAAACUGUGUACAAGUCAAAUUAACAGAAAGAGA